UGGCCGGCCCAGAUCAGCGCCGGCCAUGUGGAUCCUGCAAGUGGCCUGCCUGGCGCUGGCCGCCUCCGCGGCGGUCGGGUCGCCGCAGAUCUUCGGGAUCCUGCGGGCUGCGGACGAGGUCCGCGGCAACGGCACGGACGACGACGAUGCCAAGUACACGCUGCCCAAGGACUUCCUCCUGGGCGCCGGCACCAGCGCCUACCAGGUGGAGGGCGCCUGGGACGCUGACGGCAAGGGAGUGAACGUGUUCGACUACUACUACCACAGCAAGAACUACUCAGUGAGCAGGACUGGCGAUGUGGCGGCCGACCACUACCAUCGUUACAAGGAGGACAUCGCCCUUGCCAAGAAGAUCGGGCUCCAGAUCUUCCGCUUGUCCAUCUCCUGGGCUAGGAUCUUCCCUAACGGCACCAGGGACCUAGGCAUCAACAAGAAGGGCGUCGACCACUACCACGACGUCAUCGAUGAGCUCCUCAAGAACAACAUCGUGCCGUUCGUCACCAUCUUCCACUUCGACUACCCACAGGCUCUGGAGGACAAGUUCGGCGGCUGGUUGAGCGAAAACAUGACUGACGCCUUCGAAGACUACGCCGACUAUCUCUUCGAACAGUACGGUGACAAAGUGAAGCUGUGGCUCACCAUCAACGAGGCCUCCAUGUACUGCAACUUGAAUGGUGCUAUGGGCAUGGUACCUCCCGGCACCAUAACCGACAACAACAAGAGGAUGUUGUGCCUGCACAACCUCAUUAUUGCUCACGCCAAGGCCCACAAGAUAUACAAAGAGAAGUACCUCAAGAAGCAGCAGGGCAAGGUCGGCUUUGGUGUCGGACCCAACUUCUCCCGACCGAACUCUACGGCCGAUGAGGACGUGGCCGCGGCCGAGAAGGCCAACAUGGUACAAGGCAUCGGUCUCUCCAUCGAGCCUCUGAUUAACGGCGACUACCCUGAGGAGGCGAAGACCAGCGGCAGGCCCACCUUCACGGAUGAGGGUGCGUGGACCCUUCGUGAGAUUCCUAAAUGGGUGAACAAGAAAUGGGAUAUACCAGUCUUAUUCACGGAGAACGGACUCGCCAGCGGAUCUGAUGUCGACGACUGGGACACGCGCGCCGUGUACAGCAGCGCGUACCUUCGGGAGCUGGCUGCUGGCAUCAACGAGGACGGCAACAAGGUCAUUGGCUACACCCUGUGGAGCUUCAUCGACACUUUCGAGUUCGGCAGUUACGACAUGGGCUGGGGCUUGGUCUCAGUAGACUACAAGAACGGCACUCUCACCCGCACCCCGAAGAACUCCUGGACCUUCUUCAAGACCGUCGCGUUGACCCGAAAGGUGCCGCUGGUGGAGGCCGGCUCCGACCCCUUCCCGGAACCCAGCAGCGCAGCCGCGGCCACCAGCUCCCUGCUGUUGGCCACAGUAGCUGUGUUGAUUUCUCGUUGGCUUUAA